AUGGCAACUAUUAGUCCAAAACCAGAAAAACAUGCAUUUGAAGAUAAUAUUCAUUUGAGUCCAGGAGGCCAUCCGGCUACGCAUACUACUACUAGAAAAAGAAGAUCAUCAUCGCUUAUUCAACAUCUUGAACCAGAUAAUUUAGAAACCAAGAUUGAUCAAUCGUUAAAUCCCAAUGUUAAUGCAAACUGGGUUCAUUCCAAAGGUGCUUGGAUUGUUCAUAUUGUUAUAAUUUUAUUUUUGAAGAUUUUUUUCAAUUUUAUCUCUGUUCUAGAUAAUGAUUGGAAAUGGACUUUAACUAACUUAACUUAUAAUAUUGGUUCUUAUAUUAUGUUUCAUCAGGUUAAAGGUACUCCAUUUGAAUUCAAUAAUGGUGCUUAUGAUAAUUUAACCAUGUGGGAACAAAUAGAUAAUGGUGAUCAAUAUACUCCAACCAAAAAAUUUUUAAUGUCCGUACCAAUUGGAUUAUUCUUGAUCAGUACUCAUUAUUCAAAUUAUAACUUGAAUUUAUUUAUCUUGAAUGGAGUAAGUUGUUUAUGUGUGGUUAUUCCAAAAUUAGCCAUUUCUCAUAGAUUAAGAGUUACUUUAUACUAA